AUGAAGAUGCAAAAAGACAGAAAGGUGUUCGGUGCUACCUGCCCAAACCAAAUGGGCCAACAGGGGAGGAAAGCUGCAGUAAACAAAAAGGUAUGCAAUCAUUAUCUUUGCAAUAAUGCACACAACAUAGCUCUGUGGUGUUAACAGAUGUUCUACCUGCAGGAUAAAGUGUUUGUGCCAAGAAGCAGCAGUCCAGUUACUGUGUACGUGGAGCUCCCCUCCAUCAUUGAACAAGCGUUUUCAACAAUUGCAUGGGAUGAUUUGGAGGACUGCGCAUCUGUGGUGAGACGAGAGAGCGACUCCCUCGGCUCUGAGGUGAUUGAGUCUGAUGCAGAUGACCAAGACUUUGGAGAUUAUGCACUGGAUUUCAUGGCAGAUUCUCCUGGCACAUUGGAGAGCAGUCUGUGUCCAGCUGAACUGGUACCAUUUCAGGGAUGUGUCAUACCUCCUCUCACCCCUCAGCGGUACUUCUCUUCAGAUGACAGUCUGGUUUACUCCUCCACAGAAGCAGGCAACUCAUCUGCCCAAGAUGCAGCUCUCUGGAAGAGCACUGCCCAGUGCCAAGGCACAGUGUUUGAAGAUUCCAUGGAAGUCAACAAUCAGCUCCAUGAGACUCUACACAGAAAACAGGAAGAGAUUGAUUCCCUUCAGGAGAGGAACCUUCACCUCAGGCAGCUGGCCAGCCGUGCAAAGCACCUGGCCUCAGUUCUUGAAAAACUGAUGACAGUCAGGGACCCACAUGCAGGAGAGACACUGAUGCCUUGUGGUGAUAAAACUUCACUGAGUCCCUGUAAACGUAAGCGACUGGAUGAAGGAUAUGAAACAGAGUCCUCUGCCUCAGUGGAGGACAUGCUGAGGGACAUCAGCACUUGCUGCAAUGCUGUCCUGCACAGCGCUGCUGCUGGACCAAGACUACAACGGGAAUCAGAGACUAUACGCAUGUACGGCGUAUUCUCAGGCCUACAGACUUCUAUUUCCAAAGACAGCAGCAUGACGACAGACGGAGCAGAUCCAGAAGAAAGUGUCGCAUCUUUCAGAACUUCUAUCAGAGAACACUGCACCAUAAAGACUCAGGUGUUUCCUCAUGGACGGGCCUUCACCUCGAGGACACAGCAUGGAGGAUACCGCUUUCGCUGGGUUCCCAACCACAGCUGA